UUGCCAGUUAGGCGAGACCCUCAAAGAGGAAAAGACGACCAUGAAGGAGGCAAAAGGAGCAAACGCCAAGACUGGGCGGGACCCUGAGCAGAAACAGCCUGCAGGAAUGGGCAAGUGCAACCUGGCCGGGUGGUGGCAGAAUGACCUGGGCUCGAGGAUGCACGUGUUCAGCGUGAACAGCCAGGGCGACUUCUCCGGAGAGUACCACACCGCUGUCUCGAGUGCCCAAAAGCCAAUCAAGCCUUCACCCCUCUGCGGGACCCAGCACUUGGACGAGGAUGGACAAAGCACGUUUGGCUUCACCGUCAACUGGAAGAGGUUUUCCGACUCCACGACCGUCUUCGUGGGCCAGUGCUUCGUGGACAACAACGAGAAAGAGAUCUUGCAGACAGCCUGGCUCCUGCGACAGAAGGUCAACUCCCUCCACAGCGACUGGAAAGCCACCAUGACCGGUCGCAACGUCUUCACUCGAAUCGACUGCAAGGAAGAAGAAAAAGCCCCUCCGACGGCUUCUCUGCCACCCUAGGAGGAAAAGAUGCUUUGCACAGGGGGACUCGCCUGGGCUGUGCCACACCACGUGGUCUGACACAUACCAUCACCACCUCCACACAUCAAGGCUUUUGUGGACAUGCAACGCGAGUGUCUUCUUAAUAAUGCCUUUUUAGUGCCUUCACGGUCACCUGCAGAAGAGUCCUACAAGCAAUCCCUGCCCUGGGGUGUCCCUAGAUGACCUACCUGGCAUGAGGAUGUCCGAUCCCUCUUUUGUCAGCAUUGGGCACCCCCUGCCCGACUCUCCCAGCACCCAGGCUGUCUACAGGCCCCUGCACCUGCCUCCCCCGGCCUCGUUGGGCUCACACAAGGUGCUCCCCCCCCCAACCUGUGCAUCUGCGGCGCAGCACCAGCACACCCACCGCCGCAGCCUCGCGCUCUCCCCUGGUGGGAAGCACGUGCAGGGGAGAGCUGCGCUUUGGUAUAAGUUCUCCUCUGAGGCUGUUUUCAGCUUUGGGGAAAAAGGCUCCAAAGUGGGAA